AUGACAUUCUGGAAAAAUAAACCACCACCAUCACCAAAACCUAACACGUUAAUUCCCGAAGCAAAUGCAAAUAUAUUUUCAAAAGUUAUAUUUUGGUGGGCCGGAAAUAUAAUGAGGAUUGGGUAUAAACGUCCUUUGGAAAAAGAUGAUCUUUAUGUUUUGAAUGAUCCAAAACUAGCUAAAAACGUAACUGAUGAAUUUGAAAAAUCUUGGGAAAAGGAAUGUUCACGCAGUGAUGGGAAAAAUCCUUCUUUAUUAAAAGCUCUUAAUCGUACUUUUGGUUUCAAGUUUUGGACUUCGGGUAUUUAUCGUUUUUUGAGUGAUACCUUACAAGUCAUUUCACCUUUGUUUGUUCAGCUAUUAUUGAAAUUUGCUCAAGACUCUUGGAAUAACAAAGAUGAUCGGGAUGCUUCUCCUAAUUCUUCUAUCGGAUUCUUAUUUACUGUAAUCAUUUUCGUAAUGCAAAUAGGCUCAACACUUUUUAGCAAUUUAUAUUUUUACAAUGCCAUGGAGGUAGGAUUUCUGGUUAGAUCUGCAAUGAUCACUGCAAUUUAUCGCAAGGCUAUGUUAUUAAGUGGAAAGGCACGUAAUGCAUUUACCGCGGGAAAAAUAACGAAUUUAAUGUCAACCGACACUACGCGUCUUGAUUAUGUCUGCGGGUACUUCCACGUGAUAUGGGCUGCGCCAAUCCAACUUUUUAUAGCCCUUGGCUUAUUGAUUAGAAACCUUGGCCCUUCAGCCUUGGCAGGAUUUGGAUUGUUACUUAUAAUGAGCCCAUUUCAAGGAAAAAUUAUGCGUAUUUUGGGAAAGACGCGCUCAAAAGCUGCAAAAAUUACUGAUGAACGCGUAAAGCUUACUCAAGAAGUUUUACAAGGUAUUCGAGUUAUUAAAUAUUACGCAUGGGAAGAAAGUUUUUUGGAUACGUUGAAUGAAUUAAGGGAUAAAGAAAUGGGUUACGUUAGAUUAUUAUUGAGUAUGAGAGCUGGUGUCACUGGUGUUACUAUGGUCAUCCCGGUGUUUGCAAGUAUAUUAGCCUUUAUAGUGUAUUCGCUUACCGGAGGGGAACUUACUGCGGACGUUGUAUUUUCUUCUUUGGCUUUGUUUAAUAUCAUGAGAUUACCUUUAAUGUUUUUACCCGUGGUAAUCGCUUCAGUUACCGAUGCUUUGGUAUCUGUAAAACGUAUUCAAGAAUUAUUCGUGGCCGAACAAUUAGAUUAUUUACCAAAAGUUAAUCCAAAUGGGGAUCAUGCCAUUAAAGUAGAUGAUGGUGAAUUCAUCUGGGAAAGUGCUCCUCCUGAAAAUUCACAAAAUGAUAAUAAAGGCAAGAAAAAACAUAAGAGAUCAAAGAAAUCAUCUAAAAAUGAGGAAAAAAUUCAUAAAGAUAAAAUAGAGAAUGUAAAUGGGGAUAAUGAGACGACAAUUUUAACACCCAUGGAUUCUGCCGAACACAUGGCAAAUGUCAAAACGCUAACUCCAUACUCACACCUUCGAAACGUUAAUCUUUCAAUACCUCGUGGUAAACUUGUUGCCGUUGUAGGAUCAGUGGGUAGCGGUAAAUCUUCUUUGCUGUCAGCGUUAGUUGGUGAAAUGAAAAAAGUACACGGGGAAGUUGAAUUUGGCGGGAAUGUUGGAUAUUGUCCUCAAACUGCUUGGAUUCAAAAUGCAACUCUGAGAGAUAACAUUCUAUUUGGUUUGCCUUUUAACGAUGAAAGGUAUCAUAAGGUUAUUAAAGAUUGUUGCCUUGAACCGGAUCUGGCCAUGUUGCCUGAUGGCGAUUUGACUGAGAUUGGAGAGAAAGGAAUUAACCUGUCAGGAGGUCAGAAGCAACGUAUCAAUAUAGCUCGUGCAGUUUACUAUGAUGCAGAUAUCGUGUUGUUAGAUGAUCCUUUAUCGGCUGUUGAUUCACAUGUUGGAAAUCAUCUUAUUACACAUUGCAUUAAAGGCGCUCUUAAAGAAAAAACGCGUAUCCUUGUCACUCAUCAUUUACAUGUGUUACCUAAUGUGGAUUAUGUUAUUUGUAUGGAGAAUGGUAAAAUAGCAGAGCAAGGUACUUAUGAAGAAUUAAUGAGGGAUGGAAAAGCAUUUGCAAAAUUGAUUGAAGAAUAUGGCGAAGCUGAAGCAGAAGAAGAAAUUGAUGAAAAGUCAGAUGAAAAAGAAAUUGAAAAGGAAAUAAGUACGGGUGUUGUUGCACCAGUAAAAGCUUUAAUGACCACUGAAGAACGUGUAACUGGUUCGGUUGAUAAUUCGGUUUAUUUUGCUUAUGUGAGAGCUGCAGGAGGAUAUUCGUUAUUACCUCUUCUUCUGUUUUUACUCAUAAUGACGCAAGUCACUAAUAUUGGAAAUAAUUUAUGGCUGUCUUUUUGGACAAGCCAAAAGUUUAAUAUGUCAACCGAAAAAUAUAUGGCAAUUUAUUUGGCAUGGGGAGUUUCUCAGGGAAUUUUCAGUUUGUUAAGUGGCCUAAUUUUCUCAUACGCUGGUUCUAGAGCUGCAAAAAUUUUACAUAGAAAUUCUAUUAAAAGAGUUUUACGAGCUCCAACUAAAUUCUUUGAUACAACACCUUUAGGAAGAAUUAUAAAUCGGUUCAGUAAAGAUAUUGAUACGUGCGACAAUUUACUUUCUGACACGUAUCGUAUGUUCCUUAGCACUUUAGCGAUUGUGCUUGGAACAUUUAUUUUAAUUAGCAUCGUAUUCGUAUACUUCCUUAUUCCUUUGGUUCCGCUUUUAGCAUUAUAUUAUUUUGCUGCUCUCUAUUAUCGAUCCACAAAUCGUGAAUUGAAACGUCUUGACUCCGUUUUGCGUUCAUCUCUUUAUGCACAUUUCUCGGAAUCAUUAACGGGAUUACCUACGAUUCGAGCUUAUCGUGAACAAGAUCGAUUUUUAAGAACGAACGAGCAAUUUGUUGAUAUUGAAAAUCGGGCAUACUUCCUUACAAUUGUUGUCCAACGUUGGUUGGGUCUUCGGCUCGAAUCAAUUGCAAGUGCAUUAAUAUUCUUUACAAGUUUGUUUUCUGUUAUUGGAAGAUAUAACGUAGACCCUUCGAUUACUGGUUUAGUAUUAAGUUAUGCACUUCAAGUUACCGGUACUUUCAACUGGUGUGUCAGGCAAUUUGCUGAAGUGGAAGCGAAUAUGAAUGCUGUAGAACGUCUUGUAUAUUAUUCAGAUUCACUGGAUGUUGAAGCAGAACCAAUAAUUUCUGAUCAUAGACCACCACCCGAAUGGCCCGUUAAAGGAGAAGUACAUGUUAAAGAUUUGGUGAUGUCUUAUGGAUCUGAACAUCCACCCGUCUUAAAAGGAGUUACAUUUGAUAUCGUCCCAUCAGAAAAAGUUGGUAUUGUUGGAAGAACUGGACAAAUCGAAUUGGAUGGCAUCGAUAUUACUUCCAUCGGUCUUAAAGAUCUUCGAAGUAAAAUCACUAUUAUUCCGCAAGAUCCCGUUUUGUUUAACGGCACGAGCAAUUUGGAUCCAUUCAAAGAGCAUGAUGACGCAACAUUAUGGAAUUCUCUUCGAAGAGCUCACUUAAUUCAAGAAGAUUCAGAUAAUGAGAAUACGGAUUCCACGUUAAAUGGAUCCUUAAAUGAAAAAUCACCCGUGAAUAAUGAAUCGAUACCACAACAAAGCAAACAAGAAACGUUGACACUUGAUUCACCUGUCAAUGAGAAUGGAAGUAAUUUUUCACAAGGUCAACAACAAUUAAUAGCAUUAGCAAGAGCAUUAGUACGACAUUCUAAAUUAAUUAUAAUGGAUGAAGCAACAGCCAGUGUAGAUUUUAAGACUGAUCAUUUAAUUCAAACUACAAUAAGAGAAGAAUUUAAAGAUUCGACGGUAUUAACCAUCGCUCAUCGGUUAAGAACCGUUGCUGAUUAUGAUAAAAUUUUAGUUAUGGAUGCUGGAAAUAUAAUAGAAUACGAUAUGCCAUAUAUAUUAAUGCAAAAACCUGAUGGGAUGUUUAGGGGAAUGUGUGAAAGAAGCGGCGAACUUAAUGAAUUAUUGGAAGUUGCUAAAGAGAAAUAUGAAAAACAAAAAGAACGAAAAACGUGA